AUGGACUUUGUCAAGAAAUUCGCCGGCGGUAACAGCGAGCAGUCUGCUCAGCAAGGUAGCGCCCAGCAAGUCCCCAACCAGCAGGGCCAGUCCAGCCAAGGUGGUGGCUUCCUCGGCGGCAUCGGCAACAAGCUCAACUCUGCCGCUGGCGGUGGUGUCGAGAGCGAGAAGAACGAGGACUACCUUGACAAGGGUGUCGACUUCGUCCAAGAGAAAUUCAUGGGCCAGGGCCCCCAGAACAACGAAUCCGCCAUCGAGCAGGCCAAGGACGAGCAAAUCUCCGACUUCAUCCGCAAGCAGUGGAAGAGCACCACCGGCUCCGACAUCCCCAUCAAGGACAAGGAGACCAAGUUCUAG